ACUUGCCAGUUGCUCUCAAGGCUGAAGGGGGCUGCAAGGCCUGCAAGUUUGUAACAUUACUAUCAGUCGCAAGCAGGAUGCCCGACGAGCAACGUGUGUAGAGUCAAGUUUGAAUAUUUUCCAUCUCCCAGAAGCCGCCCCACCACCCCAUAACCGCUUUGAAGUCUUGUAAUUCCCAAGCAGUUCAGCCGAUUCGAUUCCAAAGCAACACAGCUGACGGUCGCUUGGUUUGAAAGGCAUAUUUACAAACCAUGUCGAAAGCACCACAGGAUGAGCCUCCUUCUUCUCUUUCCCAGAGCGAGGUCAAGAAGCAACCGCCCGGCACUAUUACAGAAGCUAUUGUCAAAAAGGAACCGCCUGGCACUAUUACAGAAGCUUUGAUGACACCAGAAAAGCACCUGCUAUUCCAGCAGCCCAACACUCCAUGUGGCUCAGAACACUCCAAAAGCACUCCAACCAAAAGGAAAAAGAAACCAAAGGAAGCAAGCGGGCACAAGACAAAGCUGCAAAAGAGCCCUUCCAAGAGCUACCCGCCAAAUUCAUACAUUUCUAACUUUUUUGAAGUUCCUGCAAUAAGGUCUGGGACUGCAGAGCCUUGUGCACAGGAGAGCUAUUCCAAAGAAGGUCGAGAUCGUGUGAAAAAGCAGCUGAAUUUCUCAGAUAAAGCGAAACCUGCAGAUAAUGAGAAUAUGGCAGAGGAAACAAAAAAUGAGAGAGAUGGUUGUAGCUCUUCCCAUGACGACAUACGGUGCCAUGGGGAUGAAGGAGAGCAUAUUAUCAUCAAGGAUGAGGAGGAGGCACCACAGGACUAUGAGCCAUCAAGAAGCAUUAAGGAUCUCAUAGGAGCAAAGAUUCCUGAUCACAUACCUGAGCCAGCGAAAGUGCAGGUGGAAAGGAAUGGACUUCAUAAGAUGGUGGCCUUCGGCGUAGAAACAACUUCUUUGGCUGGAGACUGCGACAUUAUUCAGCUAACCUGCAGCGACCUCCUACCCGGGAGAGAGGACUUCUCCACUUACAUCAUGCCAUCAAAACCCAUCCAAGACAUAGCCUCGAAAGUCAACGGGUUAACCAUCGUCGACGGCACUUUGAGACAGAACGGGCAUAUUGUCCGAACCGUCUCUUUAGAAGAGGGAGUACUGCAGUUCAUCGAGCACCUGCAAGAAAACACCAUACUCAUUUCUCACAACACCAAAUGUUUCCAGUCACAGCACCUCAUCCGGAACGUCCUUCUCGAGGAGAAAUUCCUACUGGAGCGACUUCGAGAGAGAGUCGCUGGGUUUUCUGACAGUUACGAGAUCUACCUAGAUCUUUUCCCCAGAGGUGGGCCAACACAACUUCCUUCUUACAAGCUUUGGAAACUCAUCAAGUAUUUUUCCAAGAAUUUUAUGAACCGAGCUUUCCAAAAGCCAGUCCAUGGCAUAGACAACUUGAUGAAAAUAAGAAAUCUUGGGGAACUCCUUCGCUUCGAAGGACUCACAAACGAGGAGAGACUCUGGACGAUCUACCGAUUCAGCAUGACUUUCGACUCCGUUGUCGACGUCGUCGAGCAUCGGAAUAUGACGAAGGAAAAUCAAAAGACGUUUGCAGAUAUGGUUCAGACGAAAUAUGUGAGUGAGCAGAUGGCCAAAAAAAUGGCAAGUUCUGGUCUCACUCUGCAGCACCUUACGCUAGCGUAUGAAUAUGGUGGUCUUGAUUGCCUGAUGGAGUUGAUAAAUCCUAGAAUAACCAAAAACCACCGAGUGAUUGGAAACAUUUGCUGUUACUGUCAAAGGAUGACCUAAUGUUGCCCCAUGAAGGCCCUUUUUAUGCCAGGAGUGUUUCUGAACUGAUAGGUUGUCGUCGAAUCUAUUGUUAACAUGAAAAUUGUUGUUGAACCUUUCUUGGGACCAUGAAGAAAGUGGCCAAUGCUUACCAUGUCCUACGAGAUGACAGUAACAAGAAAUGAAAAAACAAUCGUUCCUGCCAUACAUUGACAGACAUCACAGAGCAUCAUGAAGCUAAUUAGCUCCCGAUUUCUUAGAUGAAAUCACUAAUUUCAGAGAAAGACCAAAAUUUACUGAUGAGACUUAGGAUAUAAGGAGACUCAUGCAAUCAGCACUGAAGAAUUUCUUUCCAUCUUUGUUCAUCAUGAAUGAACCUGAGUUUCAUGAGAUUUUCUUUCCCUUCACUUGAGCCUUGGACGAUUCUGGCCCCUGGGCACGAGCUGGUGGUAGAGCACAGUAGGGUAUAGGAAAUGUGGAGCGUGGCUGGUAAAAGAACAAGUGCCAGAUAUAAACAGAUAUGCAUCAGUACAAAGAUACCAACAACCAUGGAUCAGGUAAGUACUCUGUUAGUGCAAGAGACAUGUAUUACACGUAACGUAUAAAGACAAUAGUCAAUUACUACUUUAAUGAUUUCACUUUCUAUAAUAUAAUAACAGUAAUAACAAUAAAAAGAAAACUCAUAAUCACACGAGUUAAUAAAAUGGGAAAGUAAAGCCACAGUACUAUGCCUGUUUAAUUUUGUUACUUAAAAUAUGAAAAAAGGUUACCCCCUUAGUUUUUUAUAAUGAAAUAUACCAUGUUGUAUAUGCUACAAUUAUUUAUAUAAAAAUAUACAAUACAUAUAAAAAUAAAAAAUGUUAAAAGGAUAA